UUCUCUGUAACAGUCAGCUACCUGACUUCCGGUCGAUGCACCCUUGGCUGGAGAACGAUAAUUUUCCCGGAGUUUUGGAUGGAUAAAUAAGACCUUCGAGUGGCCAAUGCGAAGCGGAAACAUAGCCCUGAUGGCUACAGGCAUUGGGAGGGAUAAAGGUUCUGGGAAUGUGAGAGACUCCAUCCACAGUGUGCUGAGAUCAAUACCAAGAGGGCUGACCCUGGGUCCUUCUUUGGCCGAAGAUGGACAGCUGGGUCUGUGGUGUGUUGGGCAAGUGCUAGAGAAAGACACUCUGCUAGGUCUUGAGGAACUUGACAAAAUAAUCAGGAAGGAAAAAGCUGAGGGGUUGCAACAUGAAUGCCAAAAUGCGUUCAAAAGUGAAAUCUCAGAUGAAAUGUACUGGAUGAGGUUUGCCUGCAGUGCUCAAAAUGAGGAAGAGAGCAAUGUCAGUUUGCUUGAGGUGGAUGGAAAAUUAGGCCUCAGGGUCUGUCGGGACAUUCAGCCAGGAACAGAACUGCUCCUCUGGAAAGAUCAACAAGAAGCCCCUGUUGAAAAAGAAGCAGUGCAAAUAGAAGCCUGUGAAAUUAGUAGUACACCAAACAGAGAACAAGAUGAUGCUUUAGAGGUUGUCAGUUUAGAUAACCUCUCAGGUUGUGCAGAUCCUGUUCAAAGUGUCACACAAGAAGAUACAAAACCUCCAAUUAAGGAGAUAAAUCUUGUGCAGGAGUCUAAAGCCUGUAAUUCUAGUGUCCUAGAGGAGAAUGUGGUGGAUGAGGCACAAACUGAGCAGAGCGAGGAACGUCCCGCUAGAGAAGAUAUUCCGAGCGUCGGUACGAGUACAUCGCAAACCCAGAGUUCAGAACAUCUGAAGCCAGAAGGAAGUCUGAGAGCCAGCUCUCGCCUUGCUGCUAAACCUCGAAAAGUGCACUCAUCAACCAUACGUAACUACAAACGACAAGAUGCAAAAGACAGGUCAGACCUAAGCAGGAAGAAGAAGCUCUCGGAUAACAAAGACAACACAAUGCAGACGUAUGCUAAUGAGGAUUCCAGUGCAGAGCAAAAUGAGCAGGACUUUGUUAUCCGAGAGAGGAAGUACAAAUGCGACGUGUGUGACAAGAGCUUCUUUCAGCUGUGCCAUUUGAAGAAACACAAAUUCACCCAUCAAAAUCAGAAGCCUUACAUGUGCACAGAGUGUGGUAAAACAUACAGUUCGCAGGAGAGUUUCCAAGCCCACCUGCUAAUGCAUCGCGGUCAGAGGCCCUUUCAAUGCCAGCACUGUGACAAAAGCUACGGCUUGAAACGGGACCUCAAAGAGCACCAGGUUCUUCACUCAGGUGAGAAACCAUUCGUCUGUGACAUCUGUGGAAAAGCUUUCGCUCGCCGGCCCUCACUACGCGUCCACAGAGAAGUCCAUCGGACUAAAGAGCCAGACUACCAGGCUCCGAAGGUCAAAUGUCCAGAAUGCAAUAAAGAAUUAGCCAAUUCUGGUUCUUUGAGAAACCACAUGCGUCUGCACACCGGAGAACGUCCGUAUGUCUGCCAGCACUGCGACAAGAGCUUUUGCCAACGUGGCAAUCUGCUAGGACACAUGCGCAUCCACACGGGAGAGAAACCCUAUAAGUGUGACCACUGCGAACUACGCUUUUCCCAAGUGCCUGAACUGCGCCGGCAUCUGAUUUCACACACGGGAGAGGUGUAUUUGUGUCCUGUGUGUGGUAAGGCUUUACGGGACCCUCACACACUGCGGGCCCACGAAAGGCUGCACACGGGAGACAGGCCCUAUAAGUGUGAACAGUGUGGGAAAGGAUACACUAUGGCAACGAAGCUACGGCGCCACCUCAAGUCUCACCUGGAGGAGAAGCCACAUGUUUGCCAGGUGUGCGGAGCCAAAUACACAAUGAUGCAGAGUCUACAGCGGCACCUGCAGUCACACAAACAUCACUCGGACUCUGAUCACGCAUUACCGACACGAGGCCGACCCAAAAGGUCAAAGGGUGAACAGGAUAGGACUGACUGCAGUAGUUUGGAGGAGGGACAGGCUGUCACGUUCGUUCAAGCCUCAGAGGAUUUCGCUAUGGUGUCUCACUCAGAAGGUGUCAUUUUGGACUCAGGAGCAUACCACGGUGGCACAAUUGUUUUGCAGAAAGGAAUGGAGAAGGGGCUUGAGCGCAUUGAGCUCAGUGAGGAUGUCAUUGAGAUUAUUGUCUCAGAUGAAAAUACCAAGUGUAUAGUAGUGCAAGAGCAGCCUUCUAAGUGUAUAGAGCUUCAGGAACAGGAAACUAAUGCUAAAUGCCUAAUUGUACAGGAAAAUGAUAGCUGUAUGGUAGUUCCAGAACAGGAUGCUAAUAGUUGUUUGGUCAUUUUACAAAGUCAGGAUGGUCUAAGUUCAGUGGCAGAGACUGUAGAAAUAGAGACAGGCCUGUGACACCAAUGUGUUUCCAUUACACACAUAGUCUCUUCAUAUUAUGUCUCACACCUAAAGAAUAAACAAGCCUUUUGAAAUAAAAGUAUUAGCUCUGUUGAAUUUAAGGCUUGCUGUUCUUUGAUUUCUAGGAGGGUUUGUGGCACGUAUCAGUAAAUAUUGACUCUUGUGCGCAGUGGACCUUGUUUCAUCAAUGUUUAUACAGACAUUGUACAAGUACAUCAGCAAAACACAGUUGUGUUGGGAAAUGAGCUAAUACAAGAUAUAUCUGUUGCGUUGAAGCUGAAAAUUAUCAUGUCAUUUAUUUGUUAACAGUAAAAUUGAAAAUUUGUGCUCUUUACAUCAAGUACAUACUGAUAAAAGAAAAGAUAAGCAGAGCACUAACAGAGCUCUUCAGCUAUAUAGAUAAGAUCAUCAUGUCAUGAUGAAAGCUUUUCUGGUGACAUGUAAUUACAUAAUAAAAUACAUUUAAAGAAAAAAGCACUGUGUGAAAUAUU